AUGGGACGGUGCUUCAACUAUAAGUUUGUGCUUAAUAUUUGUAAUUUAUUGUUUUUGAUAUGUGGCUUACUGUUGAUCCUAUCAGGUUGCUACCUCUACUCCGACAACAAGCGUGUUCUGCUGUCCAGGAUGCUGGCCGCUUCCAGCGAUCGGCUCAGCUCACUCUCCCAUCCCUUACUUCAUUAUGUGGCACUGGGAGUGGCCAUCGCGGGGUUUGUGGCAGUGCUGGCAGCUGUUGUGGGCUUCUGGGCCAGCUGCCUUCACACCUAUUGCAUCCUCAGUGUGUACUUCUUUAGCGUCGUGGUCCUUCUUCUGACUGAGUCGGUCAUGUGCUUAGCCAUAACCCUCUGGCCCCACUGCCUGGGUAUAAGCCUAGAUGAGGGCCAAAUGGUGAGAUCCCUUCAGAGCAACUACGGAGUACCGGGGCAGGAGCUCUUUACGAACGCCAUGGACUUGGCACAGGUACACUUUGGCUGUUGCGGUAUGAGGAGUUCUUUGGACUAUGACACAUCGCUGUGGCGCCUCCAGAGUUAUGGGCAGCGGAGUUGGUCGGUGCCACUCAGUUGCUGCGUGCUGGAAAAUACGCCAAAUCCAUUGGCUUACCUGGAUCCUAAGCCUGCAAAUGAAUCGCUGUGCCAAUCCAUAGAGCGGUUGUCAUACGAAAGAGAGCGCCACAGUGGGUCAUGCCUCCCACCUCUGAACGAUUGGUAUCGGAAGCAGUACAGUAUCUUUCUCGGUGCCAGCCUGAUAUUGGCUGUGGUUGAGUUUUGUGUUCUGCUUGGUAUUAUUAUGAGCUGCACCGGAAUAGCUUCACAGCGGGCGAAGCUCAAGAACCUAACUCAAAAGAUGAGAACUCAAAAUCGCCGGGGGAUCGCUGUUAAGUCGCGAGAGACUCUAAUAGGAAACAUAUACGACCCGGAAGUGGAGCUUAAUGCGAAUACCAAUCACAGCAUCGGUGAAAUAUAUCUCGAAUCAGGUAGAAGACACAUGAGAAGUGAGGACUUUAAGGAAUUAAGUAUUAAUCCCAAGAACUUGUAUAAUCAACAACAUAUUAUAGCACGUAACCCUAUUUCUAUAGGAAAUAGUUUGAUUUAA